UCAACAGGCAACAAAGGAAGAAAGGAAGAGGCCGUAAGCUAGAAAGUAUUAGCCAACCCAGGCAGAUAGCUGUCGCCUUAUUGUGUCGUUUUACAUGGCAGGUAACAUUUCGAAAUACAAACAAAUAUUAAGUGGAGCCAUAUGAACCCUUUACACCCCCGUCUGGACCCAGAAGCCGACUAAAGGGAAGGUUUAUGCUUUCGACAGCUAACGUUAACUCAGCUAGCUGAUUGGCUUAGCUGGCUGGGUAACAAGCCAUCAUUAGCCAACUAGCCUGCUAGCGAACCUUUCAUGAAAGCUUUGUACAAAACAGAAGCUAAACUUUGCGGGAAACUCUUGAUAUCUCCUCGAGUGAGAAAUGCCGAUACACAACUGACAGGCAUCAAAUGAAAGGAGGUGGAAGUGGAACCUAGCCCAUCUAUCUGAGUCACCAUUUUCAGGCACAUAAUGGGCAUUAUGGUUCCACUGUUUGCAUGACUGGUUUUGUGUGGCCUGAUGGAAGGACAUUGUGGAUAGCACUUUCAUCAGGAGAGCCAUUCCAUGCCCCCACUUUGGAGGGCCUACCAGAAUGAAGAAGAUAAGCCUUAAGACCAUCCGCAAGUCCCUCAACAUAAAGGGCAAAGAGGAGGGUGACUUUGUCAUGCUCCAGCAGCCCUCGCUCACUGCAGACUUCUCCAAGGAGGAGUCGCUUUUUGGGGGUUGCUACACCAAAGACCUCUCUGGCUGUGACCUCGGUGGUGAAGAGGACAAAGGGGGCCAGAACAAGGGCCGUUCAAAGAGCGAGAGCCUGAUGGGAUCACUAAAGAGGAGGCUGUCUGCUAAGCAGAAGGCUAAGGUGAAAGGCAGCUCUUCUGCCAUGGGCUCUGUGGAUGAUGAUGACACUUUCUCAUCCUCUUCUGUGCCCAUCAGCUUCAAUGAGGUGAAAGCCCAGAGACCUCUUAGAUCUGCAUCCCUACGGAGCCACCAUUACAGCCCCUCACCAUGGCCCCUCCGAAAUGUCAAUUCUGAUGAAGCGUGCAUAAAAAUGGAGGUGAAGGUGAAGGCUAUGGUUCACUCACCUAGCCCAAGUCCCAACCUGAAUGGUGUCCGGAAAGAAUUUCAUGACUUCCAGAUGGAAGGGCUCUUCCAGGACCAGGCAGAAUCCCUAAAGAAUCUCCAGCAGCCUCAAAACGGUGAGCUGCAUCUGAAUAUUGAUGAACAUGACGUGCCUGUAGUGCUGGGGUUGACACCUCAGGACUACAUCCAGUACACUAUGCCUUUAGAUGAGGGAAUGUACCCUGAGGGGUCCCACUCUUUCUGCCUGGAAAGCUCUUCUCCCAUGGAGGUGGUGACUGAGGCAGACAGUGGGUCUCUCCAUACAGACCAGGGCCAGGAGGACCAUGACCUGGUCAGCGGCAUGCCUCCAGACCUCUUCAUGGAAACCUCAGUUAAUAGCCUUCUCAUUGGCUCUGCUGGUGUGAUGCUCCAAAGCUCUAGAGUUGAGGUUCCACCUCCCCUCUCGCCACUCCUACCACCCAUGACUGGUAAUGGAGAGAUCCCCAGGACUUUUUCGGGGUUCAGCUCUGCAGACAGCCAGGUAGCUGAAAGAGUAAGACACCACCUCAACUUUGACCCUAACUCUGCUCCUGGGGUCAGUCGAGUAUAUGAUUCAGUCCAGAGCAGCGGGCCCAUGGUGGUGACCAGCCUGACAGAGGAGCUGAAGAAGCUGGCAAGGCAGGGCUGGUACUGGGGUCCCAUUACUCGCUGGGAGGCCGAGGAAAAGCUGGUCAACCUGACUGAUGGCUCAUUCCUGGUCAGGGACAGCUCAGAUGACAGGUACCUCCUCAGCCUGAGUUUCCGGUCACAGGGCAAAACCCUCCACACCCGCAUUGAACACUCUAAUGGACGCUUCAGCUUCUAUGAGCAGCCAGAUGUUGAGGGCCACACAUCCAUCGUGGACCUAAUUGAACACUCCAUCAAAGACUCAGAGAAUGGAGCCUUUUGCUAUUCCAGGUCUCGCUUACCAGGGUCUGCCACCUACCCUGUCAGACUGACCAACCCCGUGUCUCGGUUUAUGCAAGUGCGCUCCCUGCAGUACCUGUGUCGCUUUGUCAUUAGACAGUACACCAGGAUAGACCUGAUUCAGAAACUGCCUUUACCCAACAAGAUGAAAGAUUAUCUCCAGGAGAAGCACUACUGAGGACACAGAGACAGGACAAUGGUAGCAAUUUGCACUUUUGGGUUCAGUUAAGAGAUUUAAACAAGGUUUACAGACAACCAUAGUUUUGAGACGAUUGGUUCCGGUGGCUCUUGAUUUGUGUCCAGGGGACUUUGUCACUGUCCAGUCCUCCAUUCCACUGUUCAGGGGUUUUUAUUUAGGAUUGGCCAGUAUCAGGUGGCUCUACUUCCAGAGACUUAGGCCUUCACAGAAUCUAGUGCAGGAAUGUGGCAGAGGUAUACAGCAAAGUUAUCUUAGUUGCGUACAUCAGACAUGCAUUAUGGGAAAUGUAUGGGAAAGUGUAAUAUCCGGUGGUGCAAGUAGAGCAGGUUUUCACAGUUUCACCAUCUGUGUUAAAUGUGGGCCUGAGAAAAAUGUCACUUUGGUUGGUAUUGAAAAAUUGACUUUUACCCAUGGGAUUGAAUAUUUCAAAGAGCAUUUCAGUGAGGGACAAGUUAAAACCUAUGCUUUACAUCCAUAAUUUUAAAGGAGGCAAUUGUGAACCUAGCCCCUGCAGACUGACCAAUUUUGAUCAUCUUUUGUUUUGUUAGACAUCAAACUACAAUGUGACCAGUGUAAAGAGCCUUGUAAGAAUGUGUGUAAUAGCAGCCCAUUCUUCUCAUGUAUGCUUUUGGUUGAAUGUGCCCUAUAACAAGUGCUGGUUGGGUCAAGGCAUGCAUGUAAUGGUAAUAUCAAGAAAAUACUUGUGUCACCAAAGAUGAUUUAGAAUUAAUUGUAUCUCACAGUUGUAUUCAUCACAUAACUAGCUGUAGGCACAUUUGCAAGGCUAACCUGAUAGAUGUCAUUCCUCUCCCUGUUUUUAUUUACAUCUAUGCUAGCAUGUAAACAUCUGCAGUGUGUAGACACACUUGGAUAGAGUUGUAACACUAACUAAACUACGUCUCUAUGACACUUAUAUUUCUCCAAACAUCUACACUUAUGCAGCAGUCCUUCACCUUGUUCACCACAUGAAAAUAGUCAAAAUUUGCCAGUCUGUAAGAGGCUUUAAAACAAUUUGGUGGAAAAAAAAAAAUAGCUGUAGGGAAACAUUGUAUGGCUGCAUGUAGCCAUUUUAUAGUGUGCAAGCGAGUCUAGAGGUACUGACGAUGCUGGUUUUUCUUGUUGUAAUGCUGUUAAGUAAUAAUGAGUUGUAUAGACCUUUUUAAAAUCCACGUACAAAUAAGUAACCUUAAGAUAAAAUGAAAGCUAAAUCUUUCUGCAUUAGGAAUGUUGCAAAAACUGCACCACAGCUCAGGCCUAACAACUUUUCACUAUCUGUAAUGCUUGUAUCUGCAUGUAGUAAAGACUUUACGACUGUCAAGUAAGUGCACUGUAGACUUACUCCAAAUGACAAAAGAUGUCAUGGCAAGAGGGUAAAGGAAGAUUUUUGACUAAUUGUGUUGUUAAAGUGCAAAUUUCCUAAAUGGUUACUUUUAGUUAAUGCACGGAUGCAUAUACCUUAAAUGAUUCAUGACUGAAGUAAAUUAAACUCAAUUACCCUAAAACUGAAUAUGGACCUCCAGCCAUUUGACCUAAUUCUAUAUGCAGGGUUGGCUCUUUCUUUGUUGCUUAAUGCCAGUAAUGACCUAGACUCGGAUCAAAGGAAUCCCAAGAAAUGGUGUGAACUUAGGUAAAACAGUUUGGGAAAGCCAGGGUGAAGUCUCUUAGUCACAUUUUGGAUUGAUCCCAGGUGCUCAGGCAUUUAAAAAAAAAAAAAAAAAAGAAGAAGAAGUUCCAUCACAGCUGCAUGACAUCCGUACUCUCUGCUGUCAUAUGGGUUUCAAGGACAUUGAAAGCAUAUGAUUAUUGCCAUUCCUUAUUCAUGUUGUCCCUAGUCCCCAAAGAGCUGCACUACCCCACAGAUUGUCUCUCUACUGGGCUGUUUGUGCCGGAGCAAAGGGAAGAGCACACAUUAUGCUACGCAAGUGCUUUAUAUGGAUACUUUGACAGGGAAUUGUGUUUUCACAUUAUGUCUGAGCAUCUUUUUUGACAUUAGUGUCCUUAAAAAGUAUUUGGGAAAUGGCUCUCAGACAACGUUGGUAGAUUGUUUAGCGCAUAGUUCUAGUUUUAGUUAGCGAGAUCUGUUGGUGUCUGAGGAAGUGACCAUGAAUCUAGCACAGCAGUUAGAUAGGAACAUUGAAUGGUGUUGCAUGUUUAAAGACUUAGCAUUUUACAACUUUGAACUGUAUAGGAAUGAAGGAUCUAGGUUGUGUGUCUGGCUGUGUAGAGGGAUUUUUUUUUGUAAUUUUUAUUUCUUUUCAGUCACAAACAUGAGCUGGACAUUCUGUGUACAAGAAAUGUAUUUUUGUUAUAAUCUUUUGACAUUUGCCGUCUGAGGGGAUGAGGCUGUACAAAAGGAAUGUACGCUUGUUUGAGGUAUCCAUUUUAUCUGCCUACAAACCAGUUGCAGAAAGCAUGCAGAACCAUAAAACUACAGACACAUUUUUGCACUUGAAUACUCUCCGUUGACAUGCUUGGAUCCUCUCCUCCAUAAAGUUGUCCUUCAGAUGGUAAUGUGUAAAAAAACAAAAAAACAAA